CUUCCACCUACUGGUUAGGAAUCAGCAUUGCAAGUUGGAGCUCAGCCGCCGCUCUCGCGAUAUUUUGCGUACUUGGAAGCGCAGGUGGACCAAAACAGGAACUGAGAUAUGGCAUCGGUGUUCGGCGGAGUAGAGGGAGGAGGGACUCACUCCAAAGCGGUGUUGGUGACAGCAAAUGGAAACAUCCUAGCAGAGACAGAGGGAGCGUCCACCAACCACUGGCUGGUUGGGGUCGACAAAUGUCUUGAAGUGAUCAAUGACAUGAUCCAGAGAGCCAAACUGGAGGCAGGACUUGAUCCAAACACACCGCUAUGCUCAUUGGGCAUGUCUCUGAGUGGAGGCGAGCAGAAGGACGCCAUCGACAAGCUGAUCGCUCAGAUGAAGGAACGCUUCCCCGCUCUCAGCCAGCACUACUUCAUCACCACCGAUGCCAUCGGCGCAAUGGCGACAGCCAGUAGCUGUGGAGGCGUAGUGCUGAUAUCAGGGACUGGCUCGAACUGCAAGUUAGUCAAUCCUGAUGGCUCACAGAUUGGCUGCGGAGGCUGGGGUCACAUGAUGGGUGAUGAGGGUUCAGCAUUCUGGAUCUCUCAUUUAGCGGUCAAAACGGUGUUUGAUGCCAAAGACAACCUGGUUGCUCCUCCUCAUGACGUUACACAUGUCAGAAAAGCCAUGGAGAAGUACUUCCAGGUGUCAGAUCUAAUGGGCAUGCUGCCGCACCUCUACAGGACCUUCCAGAAGUCCCACUUUGCUGGUUUCUGCAAGAAGCUGGCUGAAGGUGCGGAAGCAGGGGAUCCUCUCUGCCAGUAUGUGUUCACUCAGGCUGGGAGAAUCCUGGCAAAACAUGUAGAAGCAGUCCUGCCUGCAGCACAGGAGUCUCUACUGAGUAGUGACCUUGGACUGCCCAUCCUGUGUGAGGGCUCAGUGUGGAAGAGCUGGGAGCUACUGAAGCCGGGGUUCACUGAGGUCUUGAACAAAAUGGCCUCCUCUGAGAAGUUCAAGGGUCGUUUCCACGGCUACAGCCUCAUGAUUUUGCAGCAGUCUUCGGCCCUCGGCGGCGCCAGUCUGGGUGCUCAGAGUAUGGGCGCCACAAUAACGAUGGAUUACACAGCAAACAUCAAAGUUUUCUACAAACACACCUUUAACAGCAGUUAAUGAGAGUUCAACUGUGCAUCUUGAUCUUAACCAGUCAGGGAAAAGGGAAGAUGUAUUGGCCUGUAUUUGAUUAUUAGCAUCUUUGUUAUGUAAUAAUGUUAAAGCUCCUCAUUAGAUGAUACUAAGACUGUGGUUUAUAGUCUGAAAUCUUGUUGUGGUUUUUUUGUUUUUUUUUUUACAAAUGCACAGCAGUUAUUCUGACAGUGGAAUUGAUAUUACUUUCAUUAGAGUGUCAUUGCACCUUUAUAACAUGAACAUUUGACAUUAUAAUAAAAACUGUUAACUUGACA